AUGGAAGAUGAGCUGCCCUCCAGACAGGCGGAGGAGGGUAGUUCAUCGAAGCGUUCACAGAGGCACCAGGAGCGGCAGGGGAAACUUCCAAGGAGACGCAAAGAAGUGAAGAGGUCUCUUCAGAGGCCAGACUGUCCAGGACACCUGCCGGGGGGAAGUGCACAUUGGUUGCCUGAGCAUUCUGGAUCAGAAGCCUCUGAAUCAGUUGAGGACACUGCUGAGAGUUGCCUAAAAAGAUGGGAUAGAUUCAGACGAGGGCACUUUCUACAUGGACCAUAUCCUGCUACUCACUUUGGACCCAAAGCUUGUGUUCUUCCCAACCCAACCUCAGUCAUGCACAUUCAGGAUCCAGCCAGCCAGCGGCUUACCUGGAGCAAACCACCACUCAACGUCCUGGUCAUCAGAAAGAUCCGAGAUGAGACCCUUCUGGAGCCGUUCAAAGAGCUUUGCAGGUUCCUCGUGGAAGAGAAACAUCUGAUGGUUUAUGUGGAGAAAAAAGUUGUGGACGAUGGCUCUCUCAUGAGGGAUGACUCAUUUUCAGCCAUUUGCAAUCAGCUGUGCACAUUCAGGGAAGGGUUUGAUGACAUCUCAGACCGCAUCGAUAUGAUUAUUUGUUUGGGUGGAGAUGGGACUCUUCUGUAUGCAUCAUCCCUUUUCCAGGGCAGUGUUCCCCCGGUCAUGGCCUUCCAUCUGGGCUCCUUAGGAUUUCUCACACCAUUCAAGUUUGAGUCUUUUAGAACAGAUGUGGAUAAAGUGUUUGAAGGUAAUGCUGCCAUCAUCCUGCGCAGUCGUCUAAAGGUUAAGGUGUUGAAAGGCAUGUUCCAGAGGCACGAGCAGCUCCUCAGCCGUCAGGAGAAUGGAAUAUUGCCUCAUAACCACAUAAACAACGAGGCAGGCAAAAUCACACUACAGUUACAGGUGUUAAAUGAGGUUGUGGUGGACAGAGGGCCUUCAUCCUACCUGUCUAAUGUGGACCUUUAUUUGGACGGCCGCCUCAUCACAUCUGUACAGGGAGACGGUGUAAUAGUUUCCACCCCGACGGGCAGCACAGCCUAUGCUGCUGCGGCGGGAGCUUCCAUGAUCCACCCUAAUGUUCCUGCCAUCAUGGUCACCCCCAUCUGCCCUCACUCCCUCUCUUUUAGACCCAUCGUGGUGCCCGCAGGAGUGGAGCUCAUGAUAACGCUGUCGCCUGAUGCUCGUAACACAGCCUGGGUCUCGUUUGAUGGCAGAAAGAGGCAGGAAAUCCAGCAUGGGGACAGCAUUAAGAUCACAACCUCUUGUUUUCCGGUCCCCUCUAUCUGUUGUCAUGAUCUGGUGUAUGACUGGUUUGACAGUCUGGCUCAGUGUCUCCACUGGAACGUCCGCAAGAAGCAAACGAGUCUAACGGAUGCCAGCGACUCUUCGGAUACGGAGAACUGAAACAUCAUUAGAAAAGACACCUAUACUCUUCACUCUCUGUUGACUUUACAUUCCAUCCUGACUCACUGAAAAGGGGUUAGAGUUCAAAAUUCUUAUUUUUACAUUGCACAUUUCUAUGUUCAUAAAUAAACAGAUUUCAUUAUAAAUCUAUUAAUAAAAGUGCUCCUGUGCUACCUGAGAAAUAACACGUUUAUUGUUUAGAGGCUAGCCUGGAUUACUUGCAAUUUAACGGCAGCAAAAUGUUUGGUUAACAUAAAAUAUCAUAGUGUGACGGCUAAACAUCGAUCGUUACCACAACAUGCUAAAUAACGGAUCUGAUUCAGAUUUUAUUACAAUACCAUUUAUUAAAAAUUAUUUAAAAAUCAUUCAUUUAAGAACAUUUCAAUUUGUACUGUAUGUUAUAUAGAGUCAGCCACUUCUAAAUAGUUUAGGUUACAGAAAAUAGAAAACAUCCACCUUAUAUUUGCACAUUAUAGCAGGAAAUGUAUUGUAAGUCAUUUACUGAGCAUAAAAUGUUAAUUUAGAUUUUGUGUGUGUGUGUGUCUGUAGCUGUUAGCUAAAUUGACCACAGACUAUCCUCACCUACAAACAGACAGAGCUUGGUUUUCUGUGUGGUUGGUCACAUGUAUGGGGAAGCCAUGCUUUGUCAGUUUAUCAUGUUUGCAGUCAAUUUUGUGUGGUCUUCUAGCCAUUGUACAUUAAACUACUAAGACUGAAUGUGGUUUAUCAGUCUUUUUCCUGUAGCUCAAAGCUGUUGUUUGAUUUUUGUUCAAAGCCUUUCUGAAUAUGAAUCACAUAACUGUUUUGUCAGGUUGGAUGGCUGUCAAACCCAAGUAGCCUCCCUGUGGCGGCAGAGGAUGUUGCAUUCUCAAAUCCAUAAUUCUAAAGCCAUUAUUGGUUUAGUUUAAUAUUUAAAAGACUCAAGGCUGUAAUCUUUUUAUUUACAGAUGCAUUGUAUGUUUUGUGUUUCUCAUAAAAUAUUUAUGGCACUGCAAGGUCAUAUCAUGUCACUGCAUAAGAACUUAGCAUAGCUGAAUGUAUGUUAGCAGUUUACAGUUUGAUGUAAAUAAGAGAUUGUAUGAUGUUAGUGUUGGUCUCAUUUAUAAUAUUUCAAUAAAAGUUUCUUUUUACCUUG